AAACGAAUGAUAGAUUACGAAUGCCAAUUUGGCAAAAUGUAUUUAUAACUAAAUUUUAAUUCCACAUCUAAUGUCCACAUGGGUACAAAGGGUUCAAGAAAAUGUACUUAAAGUUAUAUCUAGAAAAAAGAAUAUUGAAAGGAUUAAAUUUGGAGUUCCUUUUGAAGAUGUGUGUCAGAAUAAUGACAUACCCAAUUCAUUAAUUAUGUGUUUUGUAAAAUUGAUGGAAGAUGGUCCCCACAAACGGGAGAUCUUCAGAGCCCCCGGCAGUUGCGGGAACAUUAAAGAGCUUUUACAUUCCUUACAUCAAGGCAAAGGAACCAAGGAUCUCAGCCGAACUUCCACUCAUGCCAUCGCGUCCGUCAUUAAGAUAUUUCUGCAAAAAUUGCCUGGCGGCUUAUUCGGACCGGAAAAUGAGAAACAAUUAUUUGAGUUAGAAAAUGAAUUAGAUCUUAAUCCCCUUGCAAGUACCCUCAAAAUGAAAGAAAUAAUUACAAGGCUUUCAUUAGCCAGGGUCCACUUUUUGACACUUUUUCUUGGAACUUUGAAAUGGAUAUCCAUAGUCAGAGGACAUAUUCAUUACAAACAGAACAUCGCUAAUCAGCGUUUAGAAUCAGACACCGAAAAAGGAAGCGAGCAAGAUGUUACAAUAAGUUCGCAAGAAAAGCAACAGGGUCUACCAAGAAUUGAACCGCUCAUUUUGCAAAGUGAGUCCGACCCGCAAACCUCUACGACUAUUCGGGAUUCAUUACUACCGAAUAAAGAUCUACAGAAUUGCAUUACUAUUUGCGCCAAGUCUCUUAGUCUCAGUGUCGCUCCCAGUUUGUUAUCUCGUAACUUGACCAGUCCUAAGAGAGGGCCAGCUAUAACCGAUUUGUCGAGGUUUGAAAUGGCCUCCCGACUCGUUAUGUUCAUGAUAGACAGGUUUGGUUCCUCUCAUUUUAUGCCGCCUAUGGCUUAUACCUAUUUAUCAGGCGUGUUAGAAAGCAGAAUCAUGAAUAAAACAUUAUCCUUCGCUCCCGUCCAAAAUGCCGAAUCAUGCCCAAACACGGAAACGGAUUGGAAAUUCAUUUACGACUUAAAAUGGCCAUCCUUUUCGGUCGAAAGUCGCAAAACCACCGAAAAUAUCGAUCAAAGUCUAUUAGAAAUAGGUGAAUGUAGUAGCAGUACCGGUAACUGCCAGGACGCAGAACCAUUUCUUCAAAACUCAGCACUUCCAUUAGCAAAUUUAUCUAAGCAGGAUCACACUGCCCGUUGUUCCUUAUCCAACGAUUGCUUACUAUGCCACACCGAUAUGAGUUGCUGCGAUAUUUUGCAAAAUCUUAUGGAAGGGAUUAAAUCUGACAUGGAUAUUACAGUCUCUUCAACUUUUUCGCCAUCUUCCCAUCAGUCAAUUAACCUUUCUAAGUGUCAACCCUUAUAUUCGUCCAUCACAACUUUCCUAUCCACUUCAACGCCGACAAAGCAACUUUUUACAAAACCGAGUUUGGAUAUGCGACCGGAUGCCAGUUUCUUAAAUAAUAGGCGGUUACUAAUGGAAGCUAAAGCCAAACUAAAACCGGUCUCGAAACAACCCGAGGAUUGUGAACAAUUUUCCAAAAAACAGGGUAUGAGUACGGUUCCUCGCAAUUUCAAGGCGAUAGAAUUUAAAGUCAGUCCUGGUUUUGAAAUAGGUUCCCGAAAAACUACGGCCUUCGAAACCGGUAUACGGUCUUUAGAAGAGAAAUCUGUUUCGAUAUCGAUUCGGACCCGGGUUUUGGAUAAUAUGAAAGCCCGUUCGGAUUGGUUCCUUAAUGAUAAUAACGUAAAUAUCACUCACGAAUACACACAAAAACUUAUAAAGGGAAAAGAAAAAGGCACGAAUACAAACAGCAAUGAUCACUUUAAAGACUUUAAUUACGAAUCUCUGCUCGACCGACAGCACGAUUUAAAUCGUUUUAAACAAAAACGCGACACUUCAGGAACCAUUUUUGGUGAAACUGGUCCCGCUUUGAAUAAAACGAUCACUUUUCGAUUUUCUGGUAGCAAGCAAGGUCCGUUGUGUACUAACAAAGGGGAAAUGGCAUCUUGUAGCGGUUCUCCCGCGUCGUUUACGUCAUCGCGUCCGCCUUCCACUAGUAGCGAUGCUCUCUCUAGAUCGCCCUCCCCUUAUUUCGGGGAACAUCCUCCUUUCAAAUUGGAGAAUAUGACCAAAAAGAGUUGUAACGGGAACGGUGCAAUGAAACGUAAAAAUGGUAAAAAUCAGGAUUUGGCAUGGGAUCUUCCUAGAGUCAUCAUUAAAAAGCCCUCUUUCAAUAGAAAAUAUUCAAAACAUCAGCAACAGAAUAGUAACAUGCCCUCUCUUUUGUAUCACCAAGCUAGUUCAUCUCCUGAAAAUUUAGAAGAUAGGAAAGUCAAAUCCGACGAAAAUUUGACUUUUAGCGAUACCAUUGUUCCGGCAUCUAUCUAUCAUUGCAAAACUCCCGAUGCUGAUAUUGAUUAUCUAACCCUUGGCCCAUUAACCGCAAGCCGUUUUACCCCGUUUUCCCAUAUAACGGCCUCGUCCUCUGAGGGUUAUUUUACUGGUUCAACGUCGAAGAAAAAGGAGGAGCAAACUAGCCUCAAAUCCGCAACAGCUGGUUGCCAGUUUACGGAUAAGAAGACUGGAUUGAUAUUUGGAGCUGGUAAAAUUGUCCAAAGGCAGGACACAAUCGUUAAAAGAAAACCAAGUAAAAAGCGAAGCUUGGAAGAGAGAGACAAAUACAGAGAAAAUGGAAUCACUCCAUCAACCAAAAACUAAAUUAAAAAAUUAAUGAUAUUUUCGAAUAACCUGAAAAUUAUACGAAAUUUAUAGUACGCUCAAAAAUUAUUUUAGAAAACUUAUAGUUAUUUUUUUUGGUUUUUUAAAGUGACUUUAGUUUAUGAUUAAUUUAUUUGUCAUUUUAAAGUGUCAACCAAAAUAAUUUCGAUAAUUUUUGAUUUCCCACCAACCUCCCCAUUCUUUUUCAGCUAUUUUUUCUAUUUCCUCACUUUCUUCUCUUCCCAUUGUUUUACUUUAUUUCUUCCUCUUUUUGUUCAUUACUGGCUCUGUUUUAUGGCCAAGCACAAGUUUAAAAUGAUUUUUUUUUGGAACUCGCUAAAAAAAUUACCAUUUAAUUGAACACAUCUCUUAUUUCUUUCUUUUUUGAUAUUAAAAAAAAAUUAUAUAAUAUUUUUUUUAUCUAAUAUCAAAUGCAUUCCCUAUUAAAAUACCUAACUGACAUCUUCAUUAU